UUUAGGCCUCAAAAUGUCUCUUGUACAUGAUAAUCUCACUCUUGUACAUGAUAAUCUCACUCUUGUACAUGAUAAUCUCACUCUUAUAAGGUUUCAUCGUUUCUGCUUACCCUAGUUUUCUUUCCCACUCUGUUCCCUCUCCCACCAGACUGGACUCUGAAAUGGGCAUGUACAGAGACGAAGAGACCCCAACAUGCUUCAGGCUUUGAGUGGAGAGGACACAGCCUCUGCUGGGACAGGGAACAGAGGGAUGUGGAGUCCCUGAAGAUGCUUUUGGACAAUGGUCUGAGGUUGGGACAGUGGCAGGAGAUACCAUUCACCCAGGAUCUCCAGGACAAGAGAUCAGAAUGGCAGUUACAAGUGUUUUUUUUCAAACUGGUUGCCAGGUUGGCAUGAGCCAUGACAUCAGAGAUUCCGACCUUCCUGAUUGGAGGGACCGGACUCCGUGGUGCCUGGAGAUCAGUUGGACAACAGUAUCUUCUCAGAGCUGUUCUCCACUCCUGACUUCUCCUAGGCUUGAGAAUUGAUAACAUACUCUUCUGAAUCCGAGCAGUGUCCAGAAGAAGGCCAUGGACAGAACGGAGACUAGGUUCCGUAAGAGGGGACAGAUUACAGGAAAGAUCACGACCAGCCAUCAACCACACCCCCAGAAUGAGCAGAGUCCCCAGCGGAGCACCUCGGGGUACCCCCUCCAGGAGGUGGUGGAUGAUGAAGCGUUGGGACCAUCAGCCCCUGGGGUAGAUCCCAGCCCCCCAUGUAGGUCCCUUGGCUGGAAAAGGAAGAGGGAGUGGUCAGAUGAAUCUGCGGGGGAGCCGGAGAAGGAGCUCGCCCCUGAGCCUGAGGAGACCUGGGUAGUGGAGAUGCCGCGUGGGCUCACGAUGAAGCUGAAGCAACAGCGAGUGUCACCCAUCCUCCCUGAGCACCACAAGGACUUCAACAGUCAGCUUGCCCCUGGGGUAGAUCCCAGCCCCCCGCAUAGGUCCUUUUGCUGGAAAAGGAAGAUGGAGUGGUGGGACAAAUCUGAGGAGUCGGAGGAGGAGCUACGGAAGGUGCUCGCCCCUGAGCCUGAGGAGAUCUGGGUGGCGGAGAUGCUGUGUGGCCUCAAGAUGAAGCUGAAGCGACGGCGAGUGUCGCUCGUGCUCCCUGAGCACCAUGAGGCCUUCAACAGGCUGCUUGAGGAUCCUGUCAUUAAAAGAUUCCUGGCCUGGGACAAAGAUCUGAGGGUGUCGGACAAGUAUCUCCUGGCUAUGGUCAUAGCGUAUUUCAGCCGGGCCGGCCUCCCCUCCUGGCAAUACCAACGCAUUCAUUUCUUCCUGGCUCUCUACCUGGCCAAUGACAUGGAGGAGGAUGACGAGGACUCCAAACAAAACAUCUUCUACUUCCUGUAUGGGAAGACCCGCUCUCGCAUACCCUUGGUCCGUAAGCGUCGGUUCCAGUUAUGCCGUUACAUGAACCCGAGGGCCAGGAAGAACCGCUCUCAGAUAGCCCUGUUCCAGAAACUUCGGUUCCAGUUCUUCUGUUCCAUGAGCGGCAGGGCUUGGGUUUCCCCGGAGGAGUUGGAGGAGAUCCAGGCUUAUGACCCAGAGCACUGGGUGUGGGCGCGAGAUCGCGCUCACCUUUCCUAGAGCUCCAGGGACCGUGGAGGCCUGAGGUCAUCGGCCUGAGAGAAGGUACAUCUGCAUCCUCCGGGGUAAAGGCAGAAUAUUGGGGUCUAUUUUGGAAAUCCGAGGAACCCAAUUGCUUGAUCCCGCUUCAAGCCUGGGCAACGUGGCGAGAUCCCCUCUGCACAAAAAUACAAAAAUUAGCCAGGCGAUGUGGGACGCAUCUCUACUCCCAACUACUCAGGAGGCUGAGGCGGGAGGAUCGCUGGAGCCUGGAAGGUCGGGGCCGCACGGAGCCCUGAUCCUGCCACUGCACUCCAGUCUGGGCGACAGAGUGAGACCCUGCCUCAAAAAUAAUCAUAAAUACUGAGUUUGGGGAGGUUCAUUAUGAUUGACGCACUUGAGUUACCGAUUUGGGUCGAGGGUUCAGUGAAGCUUUGGUUUACAUCUUGUGCAGCUAACCACGGUGAGCACAGAGCAUGAGACUUCAUCAUGAGGAGGUAGGAUUAAGGAUUAGGCUUCUGGACUCGUGGUUCGUGAUGUUGUCACAUUAGAAACACAUCCAGCAUGGCACAUGUAUACAUAUGUAACUAACCUGCACAAUGUGCACAUGUACCCUAAAACUUAAAGUAUAAUAAAAAAAAAAAAAAAAUCAUCAAAAAAGAAAAAAAAAAGAAACACAUCUAGCAUGGUUACAAGUUUAGAUCUUAAGUGACACAAAAGGCCCCAGCUGUGAUGAAGUCCAAAGCCACAUUCUCUGAGGGUGCCCUACUCCUUGGGAAGACCCAACCAAAGUCCUUGCUAUGAAGCAGAUCACUGGGGCUGACCUUGGGUGUAUUAAGUGAGUUUUGGAGUCGUGGUCACCAAAGUGUGAGUUUCACAGUUGAACACGAUGGUUCAGAAGCAGGGUAUAGAAUGAAAGGCAGCAGAUAAAAUUGCAUUUCUCAAUUGCUCUGAACUCUAGACUUGACAUGGGAUGUGAAUAACCUUCCUGUCUAGAGAGCUGCCUCCUUGAAGUGUGACAUUGUCUCUCUCACUUCCAGAACACCGGACCCAGGGGAGAUGUGGAUUUUCAGCAGGAACUUUAUUCCAAUGCUAAUGGCAGACACCAGGAAGGAGGAGAGGAACCAUUUGUGCACAUCAUCUAGAAGAACCUGGACCAUUCUUGAUGGAGCUGAAUACAGUGAUCACGUUGUCCUCCUAGGAGCAGGGGUGGGGGGAGGGGGGUGGGGGUACUUCUAGGAGUCCUUGGAGAAAACUAAGAAACCAGGAGUGUUUCCAGUUCCACCCUUUCCUGCGGCACCACCACCCUUUUUAUAUUGCUGAAUUCCAACCUCCCUGGGGCGGAACCUGGAGGUCCUGCUUCUUACGGACUUGGUUGCCACGGUCCAGGAGCAUUUGAAGGCACAGUGCAGGGGCUCAGAUUGGCACAGAAUUCUUUUGUGAAAUAUCAGUGCCACAGAUUGUAACAGAUAGCUUCAUGCACACUCUGCAUUUUAUUGGUUUGUUUGGAAAAUGUUGGCCAUUGAAUUAUUCAUAGAUUUAUUUCAAAUAGUUUGGAAAUUGUUGUACUUUUGAAAACAUGCUGUUCCUGUAGUUUUUUGAUGAGAGUUAUAGUUGUUAUAUAUACAUAAAGAUAAUUUUCUUUUCAUUUUUAAGAGACAAUUCUUUUUAUCCUAAAUAUUUUAUUAUCUUUAAAUUUUUUUCUGUAUUAUUAUAUGUGCUCCUGAAGCGAGCACUCUUUUUAUCUAUGAUACUUCCAUAAUAAUCUCUUCUAUUUAUAGCUAUUGGUAGUUCCCCACCAGAAAAAAACAUAAUUCCGGUGAUAGAAAUUUUUAUUUGCUGUUUAGGUUUGUGACUGAAUUGUGAGAAUUCAGUUGUGAUUUUUAACGUGUCUCAGAUAUAUAUACUAACACGUCUAAUAUAUACUAUCUAUUUUACUGGUUUAUUU